AUGGCUACUCAGCAUAAGGAAACCAACCCCUUCAAUGCUUUCCUGUCAUUUACUCCAACUAUAAAGGAGCUAACAGAGCAUGUUAAUGUUAGCACUAACUGGUACACACUUGGUACAAUGCUUGACUUGGAUCAGAAGCGAUUACAAGAUAUUAAUGGAAAAGCUGAACCUAGCACUCACAAGAUGAUAGAGAUGUUCAAUUUAUGGUUGACCACUACUCCUACUGCUAGUAGGAGACAAGUACUGGAAGCAUUAAGAGUAAGCGUAGUGGGGGAGAUUACACUUGCUGAUGAAUAUGAAAAGCAUUUGAAAAAACUACAUGAAACAACUUAUGUACCAGCAUCUACUAAAGCAGUUUCUAUUCUAAAAAGUAAUAUUGAAUCAUUAAAUAAAGUUCUUGUCUCUCCUGUACAAGUGUCUCAACUGUUAUAUAGUAAGAGAUGCAUAAGUGAAGCUACUUUGGAUGAAAUGGAGACAAUAAAUCAGAGGAGAUCACUGGAUGACAAGAAGAUGAUUCUCUUGACUGCCAUGCAAGAAACAGUGUCUAGCGACUAUAGAAAACUUAAAGAUAUUACUACAGUGCUGUCUGACGUUGAAGAAACAAGAGAUAUAGCCAAUCAAAUGAUUGCCAAAUAUGAAGAGAAAAUUCCCCAAGUUGAUGAUAGUACAAUAGUACAGCCACAGGAGCUAGCAGGCAGUAAUGAAGAUCAUGCUAGUGAUAUAUUGAAAAAUAAUUACAGUGCUCUCUCUCAGUCAAUUACUGAACCAGUUUGUAUGGCAAGGUUGCUUCAUGAAGAAGUUAUAUCUGAUGAGGCUCUGUCUUGUGUCAUGUCUACCAGAGGUUCUGUCUCUGACAGUAGAGCAGUUCUCCUCAAAGCUGUACGAGAUGCUGUUCACUCCAAUUACAAACACCUGGAGUUGUUUGUUACUGUAUUAAGGAAGUUCUCAGAGACUGCUCAUAUUGGACAUACCAUUUUUGAAGAAUACAGAAAGCGUUUCAAGUAUCAUGAUGAUGAUAGUGAAAAGGGUGAAGUUUAUUUUGCAAAGCAAAAAUCUAUGCAUACUUGUUCAUCAUUCGAUCAUCAAGAAACUGAUAAACAUGGUGAUCAUAAAAUCCUUUUCCCUCGUAAUAUGAAGAAUAAGUUUGAAGAUAUGAGAAUGAAGUUUGGUUCCACAUUUUUUAAAGUUCGACGUAUUUUUACGAAAAUGAAAAGUGUAGUGAAUGUUGAUGAAGUGAAGGAACUAAUUAUUAUCUGGUUUCCUGAUUUGAGGUCUCAACUUCCUGAUAAAAAAACAAUUGAAGAAGUGCUAAAUGUACUAAAGAGAAAGUGCAAUAUCUUUAAUAUACGUCCCCUUGAAAACUUAGCUUUUGAAUUCAAUGUAGAAGAUGCUAAACCAGUCAUUAAGUCUUACAAAGAGGAAGCUAAGGAUUUCUGCAAGUCAGUAUCAGUGAGUCUUUGCCUUGGUGAGGAGCUACAAGCAGUUGCUACUCCGUCCCGCCUAUUAUGUGAAACCAUUGUAUUCGUGUUCAACUGGGAUCCUGAUGAAUAUACACUGCAAGAUAUCAAUGAUAUGUUUUUUGAGUUAGAGCCGCUAAAUAAGUGCCGCAUACAAAUUGAUAAUGUUGGUCCUAGUCAAUCAGUAGUAGUGAACUGCUACUGUCCUGCUGAAUUCACUGGCUCAUUGAUAUUGACCAUCCUUGGUAAGACAGAUACAUUACAAAGGAAAGGAUUGAAGGAAUUUAUGGUCGGCAACUGUACUAUAUGGCACACUACUCAGGUACUGAGUGAAAGUACAGAAGGGGCAGACUUCCUAGUACAAAUUAAUGAUUUGAAAGCUGCAUUAAAAGCUAAAGAUGAAUGGAUAAUGGGUAAGAGAUAUCUGUGUAUAUCCUUAAUUUGAUAUACAUGAUAGCUACUGAAGCAGAGGUAGCAGCAUUGAAGAAGUUAUCAGAGAACAGAUUAAAAGAAAUAGGAGCAUUAAAAAAACAUCUUGAAGAGAGUCACUGCAUUAAUGGUAUGAUUUGUACUAUCAUGUACAUGUACUAGUCAAUCAUUACUGUAGUUCAAAAGGAAGAAGUGAUGAACGAAUUGAAGGAGGAAAUUUUAGUAUUAAGAAAGGAAAUUAUAGAAAAGGAAAAUCUAUUGAAUCAGUUAUUAGAAGAUACUGAGAAAGAGUUAGCAUCAUGGAAGGAAUUGUCAGACAAUAGACUGCAAGAAAUAGAACGAUUGCAACUGAUAUUUGAAGACAAUAACAUAGCACAAGAGCAUGGAAAGGUGGAGAAUAUUGUGCAUCUUAGUAAUCCAUCAGUAGAGCAAUGUAAGGAUGUAAACAGUAAACUGAAUGAGGAACAUAAAAUGAUUAUACUUGAUGACUCAUCAUCUGACAGUGCACAGUUCCUAAUACCAAGAAUAUUAGAGAAAAGAAUAAUUACUCUUUAUAUAUCAUCAUCAGCCCUAACACGUAAUGAUGUCCUCUCAUUUUCUUCUCAACUAUCAACUAACCAAUCGUUAACAACUUUAGCCCUAUUUAACAAUUCAAUCAGUGAUGAUGGCUACGGCACUAGCACAGUCACUACAAUAUAAUAAAUCACUUCAAUACUUAUAUCUUCAAAAUAACCCUGUCACUUCAGCCUGUGCUCAGUCACUGGCUGAACUUUUGCUCAUAAACAACACACUCUGCUACAUUCACCUCCACUGUACUGAUAUUGAUACUGAUGGGGUAUUGAUGCUCAUGAAAUCACUCAAGACCAAUAAUACACUAAGAGAACUCUGGCUAGACAAGCAACAUGAAGAGACUUGCUCUGCUUUACCAUAUCAUAAGCUUAUUAGAAACAGAAUCAUCUUUUUGUAGACAGUAGCUUUAAUUUUAAUG